UGUUUCGUUUCUUUGUUUGUUUUUGUUUUUAAAUCAAACUAACAUAACAACUAGCCUAUUAAGCCUAUAGCCUAGCUUGAGCUUACCCACCUGUGUUUUGUUUUGUUUACAGCCGCCCCAAUUUAUACAGCUCGCUGCUUAAUGUCAACAAUAUCAGAAUAUGAAUUGGUUAGAAAGAAAAUUAAACUAAAAGGAGAUAAAUCAAGUUCAAAACGAAAAAGGAAGCAUAAGGAUAAAGUUGGAAAUAAAGAUGCUGAACCAGUAGAAGAUGAGGAUAAAGUAAAACAUGGAGGGUGGAGUAAAGUUGAUCUUGUAAGAAGUAUUACUGGUUCUGUUGCUAUUGAAUUUGGGAAUCAAACUUAUGUAACUGCAUUGGACAAUGGACUAUUCACUUUGGGACCACCGCAUAAGGAUGGUGAGGGUCCUCUCCCAGAAGAAGUUUUAACUGCGAUCAAUGUUAGUGAAACGAAAGUGGCAUUUAAAUCUGGCUAUGGUAAAUAUCUCGGUGUUCAUAAAGAUGGCACUGUCACUGGCAGAUCAGAUGCAAUAGGCCCAUUAGAGCAGUGGGAGCCUAUCUUUCAGGAUGGUAAGCUAGCCCUGCUCAGCUGUACCAGCUGUUUCAUGUCAGUGAGAGAAGAAGAUGAACAUCUGGUGGCCCUCAGCAAGACAGCUGGACCUGACCAGUACCUGCAGAUUCGCACAGCAGCUGUCGUAGCGUCUGACGAGGGCAAUGAAAUGCCUAUUGAAGAAAAGGGAAACCUGUCACAGAUUGAGGAGAAUUAUGUGAGAAAGUUCCAGAAAUUCCAAGAUAAAAAGUUGAAGAUCAACACAGAAGACAAAUCAGAGUUGAAAAAGGCCAAAAAGACAGGAUCACUGCAUGAAACUCUACUUGACAGAAGAAGCAAAAUGAAAGCCGAUAGAUACUGCAAAUGAAUUUUCUUACACUAUGAGAUGAAAAAUAAAUAUCCUAAUACUAGCACAAA